AUGUCGUUGUCUGCUGCUGCUAACUCGAUAUCUGAAUCAGAUUUCCAGAAUAUUGGCCCUGCUCCAAGACCCCCGGCUGCACCUUCAAAUUCAAUUACGCCAAUUUCUGGAUUCAAUCAAACUCAACCAAUUUCAUCCUUUAAUAUUAACAAUACGAACAGCAAUAAUAUUAUCGAGAAAAAAAAUUACUUGAAGUUUAAUACCAUUGAUAAAAAUACAAGAGCAAUGAAUUUAUCGAAAAGAAACGGUUGGGUUUCUUACAAAGAUGAUGGUUUGUUAUCAUUUAUUUGGCAAAAAAGAUUCCUAGUUAUAAAUGAUUCUUAUAUCUCACUUUAUAAAAAUGAUAAAAUGAAUGAUGAUCCAAUCUUACAAUUCGCUUUGACAAACGUGAUAAGUGUAAGUAGAACUCAAUUAAAACAAAAUUGUUUGGAAAUUAUAAGAAUUACUGAUAGAAAUUCAUUCCCUUCUUCAAAUAAUUUAUCAAAUAGCAAUAGUAGUAAUGGUAAUAACAACAGUAACAAUUCAAAUUUAAGUUCACUAGAUUCAAGCUCAAAAAAAUCAAUUUACAUAACAACUAAGAAUGAACAUGAGUUACAUGCUUGGCUAGACACUUUAUUUACAAAAUGUCCUCUACUAAGUGGUGUAUCUUCCCCAACUAAUUUUACUCACAAAGUGCAUGUAGGUUUCGAUCCAGAAACUGGUAGUUUUGUUGGUAUGCCAACAAAUUGGGAAAAAUUAUUAAAACAUUCAAGAAUUACUGGUGAAGAUUGGAAUAAUGAUUCAGCUGCGGUUAUUCAAGUGUUACAAUUCUACCAAGAAUACAAUGACUUAGGAAUAUCAAAUAAUAAUAACAACAACAAUAAUAAUAAUAAUCAAAACUCUGCAUCAAACUCUGCAUCAAAUUCAAUUACUUCAUUAAAUAACAAUAAAUCGAAUAGAUCAAGCCCUUCGCAUAUUAAAUCACCAAUAAAUGAUUAUAACAAUAACCAGCAACCUUUACCAUCAAUUGACUCAUCAAAAUCUUCUUUCCAACCUGUAAGACAUGCACCUUCUCCUCCAAAUUUUAAACCACAAAUUUCGGUAAAUACUAGGAAUCAAGGUCUUCCACAACAAUCUCCUUCUAUGGGUAAAUAUCAAAAUGUUAUCCAACAACAACGAUCAAUUACUCCAACCUCCAUAACAAAUUUCCAUCAGCAACAACAACAACCACAACAGCGUAUGCCUGUAAGAAAUAUUGUUCCACAACAAUACCAAAUGCAACAAAAACCGGUCUCUCCUAUUAAUCAAUAUAGAUCUCAUCAUAAUAUGGAAAACCCUUACUCAAAAGGACCUGUUGUUGCCCAAUCUAUCAUUCAAAAUAAUGACAAUGCAUCUCCAAUUAAACCAAAUCAAGGAAUUCCAACUCCAGUAAGAUUACAUCCUCAACGUGGAGCUCCAUUACCACCACAACAACAGGCACCAGGUAAACCAUCAGUACCGAGUAAAAGUCCAGGUCAAAUCAAUCCAAGCUCUGCAGCUGCAGCUGCUUUGGCAAUGAAACAACAUAUGAAACAAGUUACACCAACAAAACAACAACCUGGACCGCCAAACUUCCCACAGCCUCAAAGACAAGCUCCAAAGAAACCAGAACUUGAUCAAAAGAAAGAUGUAGGAGUAAGAAAACAAAAGAAACCUUCAAAACCUACCAUGUCCAAUGCUGAAAUAAUGUCAAAAUUGAAACAAGUGACAUUUAAUCUAGAUCCAACACCAUAUUUCAGAAUGAUUGAAAAAGCAGGUCAAGGUGCAAGUGGUUCUGUUUAUUUAGCGGAGAGACAACAAAUUCAAUCUAAUAAUUUAGAAAUGAUUCAAAGUACUAAUGAAGAAAAGGCUCACAUUGGUGAUAAGGUUGCCAUCAAGCAAAUGAUUUUGUCGAAACAACCACGUAAGGAAUUGAUUGUUAAUGAAAUAUUAGUUAUGAAAGACUCUCGUCAUAAAAAUAUCGUUAAUUUCUUAGAAGCCUAUUUAAAAACAGAAGACGAUCUAUGGGUAGUAAUGGAAUUUAUGGAGGGUGGAUCAUUAACUGAUAUUAUCGAAAACAGUCCAGCCAAUGGUGAGACUAAUUCUCCAUUGACAGAAGGCCAAAUUGCAUAUAUAGUGCGUGAAACCUGUCAAGGUUUAAAAUUUUUACAUGAUAAACAUAUUAUCCACAGGGAUAUUAAGUCUGACAAUGUCUUACUUGACACCAGAGCUCGGGUUAAGAUUACAGAUUUUGGCUUCUGUGCUAAAUUAACUGAUCAAAGAAGUAAAAGAGCUACAAUGGUUGGUACUCCAUAUUGGAUGGCUCCAGAAGUUGUUAAACAACGUGAAUAUGAUGAAAAAGUUGAUGUUUGGUCAUUAGGUAUUAUGUCUAUUGAAAUGUUGGAAGGUGAACCUCCAUACUUAAAUGAAGAUCCACUAAAGGCAUUAUAUUUAAUUGCUACAAAUGGUACGCCAAAAUUAAAGCAUCCUGAAUCAUUGUCUCUGGAAAUAAAAAGAUUUUUAAGCGUUUGUCUAUGUGUAGACGUUAGAUACAGAGCAUCGACUGAAGAAUUAUUACAUCAUACAUUCUUUAAUAUGGCAUGUGAACCUUCAGAUCUAACUUCUUUAUUAGAAUGGAAAAAUUGA